AGUAAGCAUUCUGAUAGAGCUAGCUAGCUUUGUUUAUCCUCUUCGACUCCAGCUUCUUCUUUGAAGGAAAAACAUUCAUAUAUAGCCAAGUGUUUAAUUUGAUCAUUUACUUUCUCAGCCCACCAAAAUGACGCAGAAGAGCACUUCCUCUGCCCAUACUUUUCGGUGGAGUUAUGAUGUUUUCUUAAGUUUUAGAGGUGAGGAUGUACGCAAAACAUUUGUUGACCAUCUCUAUGUUGCUCUACAGCAAAAGGGUAUUCAUACCUUCAAAGAUGAUGAGAAUCUAGAGAAAGGCAAGUCCAUUUCACCUGAUCUUAUGAGAGCAAUUGAAGAGUCGCGCAUAGCUUUGAUUAUAUUCUCCAAAAACUAUGCUAAUUCAACAUGGUGCUUAGAUGAAUUAGUGAAGAUCAUGGAAUGCAAGAAUUUGAAAGGACAAAUUGUGUUUCCAGUGUUCUACAAUGUUGAUCCAUCAAUAGUGAGCAAACAAAAGUCGAGCUUUGGAGAAGCAUUUAGCAGUCAUGAAGCCCGUGGUUGUUUCAAGGAUAACAAGUUGCAAAAAUGGAGGGCAGCAUUGGAGGAAGCUGCUAAUUUAUCUGGUUGCGAUUUGCCAAAUACUGCCAAUGCGCAUGAAGCUAAAGUCAUAAAGCAAAUUGUGGAAGAUAUGAUGGCUAAAUUGGGUGGUCAGAGGCAUGCAAUCAAUGCUGAAAAUCUUGUUGGAAUGGAGUCACAAAUGCAGAAAGUGUAUAAAAUGCUUGGCAUCGGGUCUGGUGGAGUUCACUUUGUUGGAAUAUUUGGAAUGAGUGGAGUGGGAAAGACAACUUUAGCGAGAGUCAUUUAUGAUAACAUUUCAAGUCAAUUUGAGGGUGCUUGUUUUCUUCACGAGGUUAGAGACCAUUCAGAAAAACAAGGCCUAGCGCGAUUGCAAGAGAUACUUCUUUCCAAGAUCCUUGUCAUAAAAGAUCUAAGGAUCAACAAUUUAUUUGAAGGAGUUAAUAUGCAAAGACAUAGAUUACGGUACAAAAAGGUUCUUCUUGUUCUUGAUGAUGUUGAUCACAUAGAUCAGUUAGAGGUUUUAGCUCAGAAGCGCGAAUGGUUUGGUUCUGGAAGUAGAAUCAUCAUAACAACUAAAGACAAACACUUGCUUGUUAAGCAUGACGUGGAAAAGAUAUACAAAAUGAGAACAUUAAGUGACGAUGAAAGUUUACAGCUCUUUAAACAGUAUGCUUUCAAGAAGAACCAUCCUACUAAGAAAUUUGAGGAUCUCUCAGCUCAAGUGAUAAAGUAUACCGCUGGACUCCCUUUGGCUCUGAAAGUCCUGGGCAGUUUCUUGUAUGGAAGAGAUUUGGCUGAAUGGAGAAGUGAAGUAGAACGAUUGAAACAAAUCCCGGAAGAUGAAAUUUUGAGGAAACUCGAACCAAGUUUCACUGGACUCAAAAGUAUCGAUCAAAAGAUAUUCUUAGACAUUGCGUGUUUCUUUACAGGGAAAAAGAAAGAUUCAGUGACUAGAGUUCUUGAGAGUUUUAAUUUUAGCCCUAUUAUUGGCAUAAAAGUUCUUAUGGAGAAAUCUUUGAUUACUAUUUCAGAAGGUAGGAUUUUAAUGCACCAAUUGAUACAAGAAAUGGGAUGGCACAUUGUUCGUCGAGAAGCUUUCGAUUAUCCAAGAAGAUAUAGUAGGUUAUGGAAGUCUGAAGAUAUUUCUCAUAUACUUGCAAGAAAUAUGGGCACAGAAAAGAUCGAAGGCAUAUCUCUGAACUUGAGAAAGAUGCUCACAGAUAUUUCUCAUGCACUUGAAAGAAAUUUGGGCACAGAAAAGAUCAAAGGGAUACCAUUAAACUUGACUAAUGUCAAAGAAGUGAAUGUUAGUGCAACAGCCUUCAUGCAGAUGACCAGACUGAGGUUUCUCAAAAUCAAGAAUGCAUAUGUUUCUCAGGGUCCGGACAUUCUUCCUAGUGAGUUAAGCUGGCUUUCUUGGCACGGAUAUCCUUCAAAAAGUCUUCCAAUUAGCUUUCAGGGAGAACGACUCGUUAGUUUGAAGUUGAAAAAUAGUCGCAUAAUACAACUUUGGAAAGGCUCCAAGCUUCUAGGACAACUGAAGUACAUCAAUCUUAGCCAUUCACAUAAGCUAAUAAGGACUCCAGAUUUUUCGGGUACCCCUAAUCUUGAAAGGUUGGUUCUUGAAGAGUGCACAAGUUUGGUAGAAAUCAAUUUUUCUGUUGGAGAUCUGAAAAAGCUAGUCUUACUCAAGUUGAAGAAUUGCAUCAAUUUAAAGACCCUGCCAAAGAGUAUUCAAUUGGAAAAUCUUGACGUUCUUAUUCUAUCAGGCUGCUCAAAGCUAAAACUAUUCCCAGAAAUAGAAGAUGGAAUGAAUCGUUUAUCAGAACUAUAUUUGGAAGCGACUGCUUUGAGUGAACUACCGACAUCAGUUGAGAAACUAUCAGGAGUUAAAGUGAUAAAUCUAAGCUCAUGCAACCAUCUUGAGAGUCUUCCAAAUAGUAUUGUUAGGUUGAAAUGUCUUAAAGAACUUAAUGUGUCGAGGUGCUCAAAACUUAGAAGUUUACCAGAUGAUUUGGGUUCUUUAGUCGGUUUGGAGGGGCUCCAUUGUGAUGACACACCGAUCCAAAUGAUACCAUCAUCAAUUUCCCUUCUAAAGAACCUUAAGCACUUAUCUCUUCGUCGAUGCAAUGCUUUGGGCUUGCAAGUAAGGAGUUCAAUCUCAAGAGAAUCUAUGGGUCUAGUUUUCUCUAAUUUAUCAGGUCUUUGUUCAUUGACAAUGCUGGAUAUAGGUGGCUGCAGCAUUUCAGAUGGAGGCAUCCUAUGUAAUCUUGGGUUCUUACCAUCUUUGGCGGAAUUGAAUCUUGGUGGUAACACGUUUACAAAUAUCUCAGCUUCAAGCAUCAGUGGUCUCACUCGACUAAAGGUUCUUCAAUUGGUUGGCUGUAGUAGGCUUGAGCAUUUCCCAGAGCUUCCUCGAGCUAUAGAAGAGGUGCAUGCCGAUGAAUGUAUAUCUUUGAAGAGUAUCAAUCAAUUAGCAAAAUAUCCAACAUUGCGCCGACUUUCACUUAGCCAAUGUCAUCAACUUCAUGAUACUGACAUGGUUGAUGCAUUAUGGAGUAACAUGCUCAAGGGACUAUACGUGCUACGAAAUGAUCUCAGCAUUUGCAUCCCUGGAUCGCAGAUUCCUAUGUGGUUUACAUACAAGAACUUUGGGGAAAAUGUUACAUUGACUCUUCCCAAUAAUUGGUACACUGACAACCUCUGGGGCUUUGCUUUCUGUAUUGUUUUUGGACGUAUGGAAUGGUGCGGUCUAUAUGAUGGUUACCUACAACCAUCUCUUGGAUUUCCAGUUAACCUUAAAUUCAGAACAUAUGAUGGUAAGGAAGGCGAUAUACGUAGCAUUAUUGGCAUAAAAGGAGGUGAUAUGUCAAUUCUGAACUCAGAGCAUACUCUCCUUGCUUAUGUACCAUCUCGUCGUUUUCUGCAACCUUACAAUAACGAGGUUUACUGUCCCAACGACUGGAUCGAAAUUGUGGCAUAUUCGACUGUACAAUUCGACAGUAAAGCUUGGGGGACGCGUCUUGUGUACUUGGACGAUAUUAUUGAAGCAUUAGUAGUAAGUACUAGCAUUUUGAUAGUCAAGGGGUUAGUUUGUCAUUUACUUCCUGAGUCCAGGAACAAAAUGAUGCAGAAGAGCUCUUCUUGUUUCUCCUCUGUUCAGACGUUUCGGUGGAGUUAUGAUGUUUUCUUAAGUUUUAGAGGUGAAGAUGUACGCAAAACAUUUGUUGACCAUCUCUAUGCUGCUCUGCAACAAAAGGGUAUUCAUACCUACAAAGAUGAUGAGAAACUAGAAAGAGGCAAGUCGAUUUCACCUGAUCUUAUGAGAGCAAUUGAAGAGUCGCGCAUAGCUUUGAUCAUCUUCUCCAAAAACUAUGCUAAUUCAACAUGGUGUUUAGAUGAACUAAUGAAGAUCAUGGAAUGCAACAAACAAAAAGGACAAAUUGUCCUUCCGGUCUUCUACGAUGUAGAUCCAUCAACAGUAAGGAAACAAAAGUCAAGCUUUGGAGAAGCAUUUCGGACUCAUGAAGCCCGCGUUUUCAAGGAUAACAAGUUGCAAAAAUGGAAGGCAGCACUGGAGGAAGCAGCUAAUUUAUCUGGCUGGGAUUUACCAAAUACUGCUAAUGCGCAUGAAGCUAAAGUCAUAAAGCAAAUUGUGGAAGAUAUAAUGGCUAAAUUGGGUAGUCAGACACAGGCAAGCAAUGCUGAAAAUCUUGUUGGAAUUGAGUCACACAUGCAAAAAGUGUAUAAAAUGCUUCAGGUCGGGUCUGGUGAAGUUCGCUUCCUUGGAAUAUUAGGAAUGAGCGGACUGGGAAAGACAACUCUAGCAAGAGUUAUUUAUGACAAUAUUCGGACUCAAUUUGAAGGUGCAUGUUUUCUUCAUGAAGUUGGAGACCGUUCAGCAAAACAAGGCUUAGAGCGACUGCAAGAGAUACUUCUUUCUGAGAUCCUUGUCAUAAAAGAUGUAAGGAUCAGCGAUUCAUUUGAAGGAGCUAAUAUGCAAAAACAAAGACUACCUUGCAAAAAGGUUCUUCUUGUUCUUGAUGAUGUUGAUCGCACAGAUCAGUUAGAUGCAUUAGCUGGGGAACGUGAAUGGUUUGGUCCCGGAAGUAGAGUCAUCAUAACAACCCAAGACAAACACUUACUUGUUAAGCAUAGGGUGGAAAAGAUAUACAGAAUGAGAAUAUUAAGUGAAUAUGAAAGUUUACAGCUCUUUAAACGACAUGCUUUUAAGAAGAGACACCCAACUAAGGAAUUUGACGAUCUUUCAGUUCAAGUGAUAAAGCAUACUGCAGGACUCCCCUUGGCUCUGAAAGUCCUGGGCAGUUUCUUGUAUGGAAGAGAUUUGGUUGAAUGGACAAGUGAAGUGGAAUGGUUGAAAACAAUCCCAGGAAAUGAAAUUUUGAAGAAACUCGAACGAAGCUUCACUGGACUCAACAGUAUCGAGCAACAGAUAUUCUUAGACAUUGCGUGUUUCUUUACAGGGAAGAAGAAAGAUUCAGUGACCAGAAUACUCGAGAGUUUUAAUUUCAGACCUGCCAUUGGCAUAAAAGUUCUCAUGGAGAAAUCUUUGAUUACCAUUUCAAAAGGCCGCAUUUUAAUGCACCAAUUGGUACAAGAAAUGGGCUGGCACAUUGUUCGUCGAGAAGCUUAUGAUGAUCCAAGAAUAUAUAGUAGGUUGUGGAAGCGCGAAGAUUCUUCAAUACUUGAAAGAAAUUUUGUAAGCAUUUGCAUACAUAUGACUUCUUAUAUUCUUUCCCUUUUUUCAUCCGCCUUCAAUAUCCUUCCUUAUCAGGGCACUGAAAAGAUCGAAGGCAUAUCGUUGAACUUGACUAGUGAAGAAGAAGUGAAUGUUAGUCACACGGCCUUCGUGCAGAUGAGCAGACUAAGGUUUCUCAAAUUUCGGAAUGUAUAUAUUUGCCAGGGUCCUGAUUUUCUUUCUGAUGAGUUGAGGUGGCUCGAUUGGCACAAAUAUCCUUCAAAAAGUCUGCCAAUUAGCUUUCAGGGAGAACAACUUGUUGCUUUGAAAUUGAAAAAUAGUUGCAUCAUACAACUUUGGAAUACCUCUAAGGUUCUAGGAAAUUUGAAGUACAUCAACCUUAGCCAUUCAUAUAAGCUAAUAAGGACCCCAGAUUUUUCGGGUACCCCUAAUCUUGAAAGGUUGGUUCUUGAGGAUUGCACGAGUUUGGUAGAAAUAAAUUUUUCUGUUGGCGAUCUUGGAAAGCUAAUCUUGCUGAAUCUGAAGAACUGCAGAAAUUUAAGGAUCCUACCAAAGAGUAUUCGAUUGGAAAAGCUUGAGGUUCUUAUUCUUUCAGGUUGCUCAAAGCUAAAAGUAUUCCCAGAAAUAGAAGAGGGAAUGAAUCAUUUAGCAAAACUGUAUUUGGAAGCGACUGGUUUGAGUGAACUACCUGCAUCAGUUGAGAAACUAUCAGGAGUUACUGUAAUAAAUCUAAGUUACUGCAAGCAUCUUGAGAGUCUUCCUAGCAGUAUUUUAAGGUUGAAAUGUCUGAAAACACUUCAUGUGUCCGGAUGCUCGAAACUUAAAAGUUUACCAGAGGACUUGGGACUUUUAGUUGGUUUAGAGGAGCUUCACUGCACUGACACAGCCGUUGAAACAAUUCCGUUCUCCAUUUCUCUUCUAAAGAACCUUAAGCACUUAUGUUUCCCCGGAUGUAAUGCUUUGGGUUUACAAGCAAGGAGUUCAAGCUUCUUCCCUUGGCAUUGUGAAUAGCUCAGAUAACAUUCCUUUCAUGGUGCAGGAACUAUCCAUGACUGGUGGCAGAUUUAGUAUUUACGCCCCUGGUGUGUAUAUUCCAGAGUGGUUUACCUUCAAGAACUCGGGGACUUCAAUCACAGUGGCCCUGCCCAAAAAUUGGUACAUACACAAAUUCAUGGGGUUCACUAUUUGUGCUGGUUUUGAUACGAUAACUCCUAUUUUAGGUGCUGUUGUUUACCUAAAAACGUUACAAGGACUCGUGAUGCGGUGUAGGUUCACAAGCCAUGAUGGUUCUUUUUUUUUUUUUUAAAUCCCUCCCUAGGAGGAUCUAUAGUGUUUCCACACUUCCCCUCCAGCAUGACUCUAACCCAGGACCUAAUGGUCGUGGGUGGAGGUGCUUUUACCAAUUGAGCAAGCCUCACUUGUCAGCCAUGAUAGUUCGUUUUGAGCGAAAUUAGUGGUUCUUUCGGGUUAAGAGGAAGUGAAAAGAAUCUGGAUUUAAGCCAUACUUUUCUAGACUCUGUCGUUUGAUUCGUUUUGGUGGAUAUUCGUGCAUAUGGUUUACAGUCCUAAUAACUGGAUUCAGUUUGAGUUUGGUGCCUCUAAUGAGAAUCCAGUUAUCAAAGGUUUAGGGGUUCGUCUUGUGUACGAGAAUGAUAUCAAUGAUCUAGAAUAGUACCACACAAUCUAGUGAGGAAGUACCACUCAAUCUAGUGAGGAAGAUUUUAAUGAACGCCUUAAGAAUUCCUAGAGAUCUUCAUAGACGUUAGUCCCCUUCUAUAUAUUUUACAUUAUAUAUGAUGAUUGAGUUCCCUUAAAGGGAGGUUUUGUGAUUAUUAUCUAGCUUAAAACUUCUGAAGC